GGUCCCGGAGCCCGCGAGACUCCCGCCUGGGACGCUAUCCCCGCGCUCCUUGCCCUCAGCCGGCGGCCACGGAGACCCGGUUCUGCGGCCCAUCCACCAGGACGUACGUCUACCCACAGGCCUUCCUUCGCCUCCCUAGUUUGGCCCUAAGACACGCCCCCGUGCCGGACUGCUCAUUCGCGCGUGCCAGGAGGGGUCGGCACCACGGAGGCACGUGAACACUCCCAGGAAGCCCUGGGCAACUCCAGCUCAGCAGCUGCAUGUUUUCUGAGCAGCUUUCCUUCGGGUCGGCUGGCCUGGGCACACCAAGAUGCAAGGCAGGCAGGAGGUGGGGAGGGAGUCAGUGAGUGAACUCUCAGAGGUACCUGGAGAGGGGGGGUCCCUCCACCAGACAGCUGGAGGACAGAGUGGUGACGGUUUGGAACGGAGGAGGGUCUGCUGCGACGGUCCCCUGAUCCCGCCUGACGCGAAGGCUGGCAGCUCCAGGCUGGAAGAGGGUCUUCCCACCUGCUCACUCAGCUGUCCACACCCUGGGGAGCUCGGCGGCGGGUGGGGAGAGUUCGAAGCUUUCCAGGAGUCUUCGGCUAAGCCUGAGCAGUUUUCCCAGUCCUUUGAGUUCCUAGGGAGAGCCGCGGACCACCAGCCGCCGCCGAGAACCCCUUCCAUCCCAAAAGAGCAUGCUUCUUGCCAGGUGCAGCCGCAGGGUGGACCUUGGGUGACAGGAACGGCUGCUGGCUCAUCUUCAGAGUCCGUGCUCAGCUAUGAGAAGGUUUUUAGGUUUGCGUUUCAAGAGGUCCCGGUGAAACAGGCAGCUGAAGACGUCUGCUCCUUAGAAUGUCUCUUAGAAAUAAGCAGUGAAGAAAGCGCUGGCCUUGCAUCUGUGCCUGGACUGUGGUCUGCGUCUAGGAGCCUCUGGAGAGCCCUUCAGAACCCCGACAUUGUGUCUGCUUCACAGUGUGUCUGGAGUGAAUCUCACUGUUCAGAAAACCUCUUUCCUGUCCUUGGCAUAGAUGCUGCUCAGAAGAGCCUUUCUGGAGGCCAGGGUCAAGUACUGGAAGGUUCUGACCUCAGAAAGCCUGAAGAGCUGUUGGCAGUCAGCAGUUUCCGCCUGCACCAUUGCAAAGCCCUGAUCCAGACCAAGCUCUCAGGGACACCUGGUAGCAGACAAGGCAGCCUGAUCACCUACAGCCUGUUCCUGAAGACACCACUACAAGGGAAGGGGCACUACAUCACCAUCCCACAAAAGAGGAUCUUUACUCCACGCAACCUGAAAAUGGCAUUCUUCAAUAACGAUGUUUGCUAAAAGCAGGCCCUUUGUACCUUUAUGAGAUAUUUUACAUUUUCUUACUGGUUUGUUUUGGUACUAGGGUCUGAGGAUUCUGUGGCACUGCUUCCCAGACCCAUGUUCUUUUCCUAGGGCCUCUGCCAACCUACUCAAUACCUCGUACACUCAGAUCUGAUGGGUGCAGAGGGAAUGUCCUGGGGCAGAGCCAGUCUCCAUGGACUUUCUGGGGACACUGGAGGCUGGCAUCCGGUGCCCCUUCUCUGGCUCACAGUUGGAUCCAUGGAUUCAGAAGUCUGGAGACAGCUACUGAUCACUUGCAGGAACUGGCCCUGGCUCCCUCAUGCUGUUUCCUCAGGACAAGCUUUACUAUAAGUAGAAGGGUGGGCGGGACACCACACGUGUCGUCCAGGACAGCAGGAGGAGCUUCCUUGGUUAUCGCUCAGACGACUGUUUUCUUCUAGGAGCAUACACAAGCAGGCAGCACUGAGUUUUGUAAACUUUUAUUAAAAAGAAAGGACUAUAUAAGCCUGUGUUUUUAU